AAGCUCCACCUCUCAACACAUUCUCAUUCUCCUCCAUAUCAUAUGCUUUUUGUCCGUUGUUUUCUUUUAUCAUGAGCAACGUUCCUAGGUCAUUAACGGACUCUUCUCUAACCCUUUUCAAGCUUGCCAUCUCGGCUUCUGAUCCCUGGCCAUUUUCUUGCGUUUUCUUGUAACAUCUCAAGGAAAAGAGGUGAUUUUCUUUCUGGGUUUUUCUAGGUUUUUAGUGGGUGUUGCUGAGAAUUGAGAUAUGGGGAGUGGGGAGAAGAAUUUUCUCAAUUUCCACAUGCAUGUCCACCAUGGGAAUGGUAAUAAUAAGAAGGAGAUGAGGGACAUCCCAAAGGGGUGUCUUGCAGUUUUGGUGGGUCAAGGGGAGGAGCAGCAGAGGUUUGUCAUCCCCGUCAUUUACAUCAAUCAUCCUCUGUUCAUGGAGCUGUUGAAGGAGGCAGAAGAAGAGUAUGGGUUUGAGCAGAAAGGACCCAUAACCAUCCCAUGCCAUGUGGAGGAGUUUCGCUAUGUCCAAGGCAUGAUUGACAAGGAGAAAUCCCACCACCACCACCACCACCACGACCUUCACGACCACCACAACCACCACCACUGCUUCUGGGUUUGACAGAUUAAUUGUGAUUCUACAUAUUCUAGCUGAUUCAAUUCCUAUGUAAAUCUUCUGGGUUUUCUCUAAUUUUCACAUUUUUUUUAUAUACCAAGGUUGUUGUAGUAUUGACAAAACAAAGGAGUGGUUAUGAGAAUGGGGUUGCUUCUUUUUUCUUUUUCUUUUUCUUUUUUUGUGAUAUUUUUGGGCAAUAUAUUUGUUUGGGGAGCUUGAAAAUUGAUUAAAGAGAAAGAACAAAGUUUGAUGUA